GCUCCGCCGCCGCUGCCAUGGCCCAGGAGAACGGCGAGGACAGCUCCUCGUGGAAGAAGCAAGCCGACGACAUCAGCAAGAUCUUCGAGUUCAAGGAGACCCUGGGGACUGGUGCAUUUUCUGAAGUAGUUUUGGCUGAAAACAGGACUACUGGAAAACUAUUUGCAGUCAAGUGCAUCCCAAAGAAAGCCCUGAAAGGGAAGGAAAGCAGCAUUGAGAAUGAAAUUGCAGUUCUGAGAAAGAUCAAGCAUGAAAAUAUUGUUGCCCUGGAAGACAUCUAUGAGAGUCCAAACCACUUGUAUCUGGUCAUGCAACUUGUGUCCGGAGGUGAACUAUUUGACCGCAUCGUAGAGAAAGGAUUUUACACUGAGAAAGAUGCCAGCACUCUGAUACGGCAGGUGUUAGAUGCUGUGUAUUAUCUUCACAGAAUGGGCAUUGUUCACAGAGACCUCAAGCCUGAAAACCUGUUGUACUACAGCCAAGAUGAAGAAUCUAAAAUAAUGAUAAGUGAUUUUGGACUGUCAAAAAUGGAAGGUAAAGGCGACGUCAUGUCCACAGCAUGUGGCACCCCAGGAUAUGUCGCGCCUGAAGUUCUUGCCCAGAAACCCUACAGCAAAGCAGUAGACUGUUGGUCCAUUGGAGUUAUUGCAUAUAUUCUGCUCUGUGGGUAUCCUCCUUUCUAUGAUGAAAAUGACUCCAAGCUUUUUGAGCAGAUCCUUAAAGCAGAAUAUGAAUUUGACUCUCCAUAUUGGGAUGAUAUCUCUGACUCUGCUAAAGAUUUUAUUCGGAAUUUGAUGGAGAAAGAUCCAAACAAAAGAUAUACCUGUGAGCAGGCAGCCCGACAUCCCUGGAUUGCUGGUGACACAGCCCUCAGUAAAAAUAUUCACGAGUCCGUCAGUGCACAGAUUCGCAAGAACUUUGCAAAAAGCAAAUGGAGACAAGCAUUUAAUGCCACAGCAGUUGUGAGACACAUGAGAAGGUUACAUCUUGGCAGCAGUUUGGACAGUUCAAAUGUAAGCAUGUCAAGCUCCCUCAGCCUGGCCAAGCCACUACCUGAAGGAACAGCCAGGAAAGAUUGUAUGUCCCCAUCCACUCCCUGUAGUUUUGCAUCAUCGGCUUCAUCUGCGGUUUCUGCUGUAGGAGAGCGGAGACCGAGGCAGACCACAGUGACCACAGUGCAUACAGGGACCAAGUGAUCCAGACUGCUGCUGCCCCCACCCUCUGGAAGAGGUCAGAGAUGGGGGAAGCGCCCAGGCAGGCAUGGAGAUGCAGGCAAGCCUUCUCCCGGGUGAUUUCAUCCUGCAUUGCAAGCUCGGCGAAGGACUGGAAAGAAGGAUUUUUUUUAAUGGCCAUAUUUUAUACUGCAAUUCUGAAAUGUUGCGUUUAUCACCAACUGCAAUGACUCUGGGAGGGUGGGAAGGGUCAGAUCUAACAGUAUCUGGUGCUGAGUUAAUGAAUCUAGGAAUGUUCUAAUGGACACUCAUGCUAGUUCCUCAAUGAUUUACUCUAUUUUCAGUGUGGGUUAACAGUAUAUGCUUUUUCAUUAACUAAAGGUCUCAACUGGAUUAUUUAAAUAGAGGUGAUUUCUGAGCAUUA